GAAAGAACGCCUCCCACUGCACUUUUGUACUCAAUACAUAGUAGAGCAAUAACAUUGACAACCAUGUCUAACCCUGAAAGCUCUCAACGGUCAGAACCAUAUGUCCCCCGGUUUUGGACGCCUCCAGAUGACCCAGAUAAACCUCCAUUCCCAUACAUCACUGGCUUCACCACACAAAUCCACCGCCAUAUACCACCACCGCCAUUUGGUCCGAAUUACUAUGACGCCCAGCCCAGACCGCAGUUAUCAUUGCAGUAUAUGAAAAAAGCACGACAGAGCGAGUUAGUCGUCGACAAUCCUCCUCUAGAAACGGCGCCAACCCAAGCAGAGACGGCACGGCUUACCAUCAACACGCAUCUUUCAGUGGGAUACGCGAAUGGAGCCCAGGUCGUCAUAUGCUCCGUCACUCCCGACAAAGAAAGUGACGCCGAGCCUUUCAGGGCUGUUGCUAAGAUAUAUGACCCUCUAUACUAUAGUUUCAAGAAGUGGAUCGGUUUUAAUCCCUGCGACAUUGUCACCGAGGCGGAUAUGGACUAUAGCCGUGAAGCUGCUGCGUACGAAUUCCUACAGAAGACGGGACAGACCGGCUCCUUUGCCCCGUUAUACUAUGGCUCAUGGAGCUUUGAAAUUGCCAUCACCAGCAGGGGAAAGACUCGGACGCGGCCCGUCCGCCUUGUCUUGAUUGAACACCUGUGCGGGACCAGCAUCCGCGGCAGCCACAUCCACAACGACCCUGAGUGCGAUGAAAAAGACGCCUAUCACUGCCCAGAGGACUACAGGCUCGAGGUACUGGCGCUUGCUAUGGAAGGUUACGUUAGGCAGCUUCAUUGUGGGAUUGACCAGCUGGACUUUGCCGACCGGAACGUUAUGCUGGUGCCGAGGGAGCCCGGUGACCAUGUCCCUACCGUCCCGGGCCUGGCUUUGCCGCGGGUUGUCCUUAUAGACUACAACGGGGCCAUUGUGUUCACCCAGAGCAAUAUGGGAAGACCGCCUCAAAUGGAUUGGCCGCGCCCGUGCAACCCGAUGUACUACUUUUGGGAUGAGUCCAUGGACGACUUUGCGGGUUGGGUCCCCCCGGAUUGGCAUCGAAAUCCGAAGUUCAUGCAGCAGUGGCUGGAGAAGCGAUUUGGCACAGAGGAAACGCGGAAGCUAUAUAACCCUGUCAAAGAGGAGCUAGUAUACAGAGACUACGACCUGCCAGAGUACCAGUAA